AUGCAAUUAAAAUUCUAUUCACCCCACGUACAGGACCGGCGGGUACACGUAGAUCAGCGGGAUGCAGGUGAAACUGCCGAUAAUGGACACAAACCGGUCCAGGUCGCUCGAACCAAGGUACCCGAUCGUGCACAUGAGGAACACGACGCAGACCCGAGCAAAGUUCUUGAGCCACUUGAUGGUGAAGUCCCGUUUGCCGGACAUGACUCCGUUGUCGUCCACGGCGUCCUCGGGCAUGCUCUGGAUAAGUUGGCGCAGGUCGCGCGAGGUGGAGUCGUACGACGGCACGCCGAGCAGCAGCGGCUGCGACUCGGUGCGCAUUUUCUGCUCGGAGUCCUUUCUGAUCUUUCUUUUCCAAGUGGCUCUUUCCUUGUGGAAGAGGUAGUUUUCAAAGAUUUUGAUGGCCGGGAACAGCUGCAGCGGCGUGGACAGCAGGAUGGCGAUCGCGUAGCACACCUGGACGACGAGCGCGAGCGUGGUUUGCGGGAAGUUGAGCAGGAUCACUGUCUUGACGUCGUCGCCAAAGCUCAGGUACGAGAUCGUGGACAGGGUGACAAAGAUCACCGUCACCACGGCCAUCACCAGCACCAUGCCCAUGAACAGAGACCAUGUGUCACUCUUGAACAUGGAUACUUUGGGAGAUACGCCGUUGAGCACCAAAUGGGCGGUGGAACAGAAGUAGAUGUAGACGAGUCCGAGCAAAAUGAACGCGUCGGCGAUCAGCGCCGUGAAACUGAGCUUGCUGAUGUUUCUUGUCAAGGACAGCGGUAG